GAGGUUCAUGGCUUGGUGGUCUGUAGUUUUCGGGGGUCUGUGUCACAUGGUCUGACUUUAGAGCUUGGAGAAACGGUUCAGAUCCUGGAAAAGUGUGAAGGAUGGUACAGAGGUUUUUCCAGUAAGAAGCCCACAAUCAAGGGUAUCUUCCCAGCCGGCUAUGUUCACUUGAAGAAGGCAGUGGUCACCAACAGGGGCCAAUAUGAGACUGUGGUCCCCCUGGAAGACCCCAUCGUGACAGAGGUCACCUCUACACUUCAAGAGUGGUCUGUUCUGUGGAAGCAGUUGUAUGUGAAGCAUAAAGUGGACCUGUUUUACAAGGUCCGUCACGUAAUGAGCGAGCUGAUUGAUCUAAGAAGACAACUGCUAUCAGGUCACCUGACCCAGGAUCAAGUCAGAGAAGUCAAACGCCACAUCACAGUACGACUAGACUGGGGAAAUGAGCACUUAGGUCUGGAUCUGGUGCCCAGGAAAGAGUUUGAAAUGGUUGAUGCAGACCAGAUAAGCGUUUCAGAUAUCUAUAAAAUGCACCUAUCCAGCAGACAUAGUGUCCAGCAAAGCACAUCACAGGAUGGAGGAAGACAAAGACACGGAGACUCGUGUCGGAUGCCCGUGCCUCACCAUCUUUUCGUCAACCUGAAGAGCUUCACAUACAACACCAUCGGUGAAGACACUGACAUCUUCUUCGCUCUGUAUGACCUCAGAGAGGGCAAACAAAUCAGUGAGAAGUUUAUGGUGAAACUGAACAAAAAUGGCGGCCCGAAAAAUCCAGAGAAGGUGGACCGUCUCUGUGCACUCUUCACGGAUCUAAGCAACAAAGACAUGAAGCGAGAUCUGUAUAUUGUGUCCCAUGUUAUCAGGACGGGGCGAAUGUUGCUCAAUGAUUCGAAGAAAGGCCCCCCUCACGUGCAGUACCGCCGGCCAUAUGGAUGCGCAGUGUUGGCCAUGAGCGACGUCCUUCAGACCAUCUCUGAACUCAAAGAGGAGAAAGAUUUUGUUCUCAAAGUUUACACUUGUAAUAAUGAAAAUGAGUGGUACCAGAUUCAUGAGAACAUUAUCCGCAAGUCCAGCACCAAAUACACUGCCCCCAGUACGAACUACGGUCUAAUCAUCUCCCUGCAGCUGUUUCGUGGUGAAAUUGAGCAGGUGCGCAGGGAAAACCCCAUGAUAUUUAACCGCGGUGUGGCCAUCACGCGGAAACUGGGCUUCCCUGAUGUGAUCAUGCCAGGUGAUAUCCGCAAUGAUCUCUAUCUCACGCUUGAGAAAGGAGACUUUGAGAGAGGAGGCAAGAGCGUUCAGAAGAACAUUGAGGUCACCAUGUACGUGCUCUACGCUGACGGCGAGAUCCUCAAAGAAUGCAUAAGUCUGGGCUCAGGAGAGCACAGCAUCAGUGAGUAUCGCUCUUUCGUGCUCUAUCACAACAACAGUCCUCGCUGGAGUGAGGUCAUCAAACUUCCAAUCCCCAUCGACCGAUUCCGGGGGUCCCAUCUGCGCUUUGAAUUUAGACACUGUUCAACAAAGGACAAAGGAGAAAAGAAGCUUUUUGGCUUUGCGUUCACUCCGCUCAUGAGAGAAGACGGCACCACACUGUCAGACGAGAGCCAUGAGCUUUACGUCUACAAGUGUGAUGAGAACACAACCUUCAGUAACCAUGGGCUGUAUCUGGGACUGCCCUGCUGUAAAGACGACUUCAGCGGCUGCCCAAAUCUCCCGUCAAGCCUCAUAUUCCAGCGCAACACUAAGGAAAACAUCUGGAUUUCCACUCAGCUCUCUUCCACCAAAUUAACACAGAAUGUCGAUCUACUAGCUUUAUUAAAGUGGAAAGCACAUCCGGACCGCGUAAUGGACAUUUUGGGUCGAUUACGGCACGUCUGCGGGGAGGAAAUAGUCAAAUUUCUUCAAGACAUCCUUGAUACACUGUUUUCCAUUCUGGAUGACAACACGGACAAAUAUGGACCCCUGGUGUUUCAGUCACUGGUGUUUAUCAUCAAUCUACUACGUGACAGUAAAUUUUAUCACUUCCGGCCUGUGAUGGACACCUACAUCCAGAAGCAUUUUGCUGGAGCUCUGGCUUACAAGGAGCUCAUUCGCUGUCUUAAGUGGUAUAUGGACCGAUCAGCAGAAGUCGUACGACAGGAUCACAUUCAGGAAGCCAUGAGGGCUCUGGAGUACCUGUUUAAGUUCAUCGUCCAGUCGCGGAUCCUCUACUCACGAGCCACAUGUGGGAUGGAGGAAGACCAGUUUCGUGCCAGUAUCCAGGAGCUUUUCCAGUCCAUCCGCUUUGUGCUCAGCCUCGACAGCCGCAGCUCUGAAACGCUAAUUUUCACACAGGCUGCCCUGCUCAACUCCUUUCCUGCCAUUUUUGACGAGCUCCUACAGAUGUUCACAGUGCAGGAAGUGGCAGAAUUUGUAAGGGGAACUCUGGGGAGUAUGCCCAGUACAGUCCACAUUGGUCAGUCCAUGGACGUGGUAAAGCUGCAGUCCAUUGCUCGAACAGUGGAUAGCAGGCUUUUCUCCUUCCCAGAAUCAAGGAGAAUUCUACUUCCUGUUGUUCUCCAUCAUAUUCAUCUGCAUCUGCGGCAGCAGAAAGAGCUGCUCAUCUGCUCAGGGAUCCUAAGCAGCAUCUUCUCCAUUGUUAAGAGCAGCUCACUGGAGAGCUCAGUGCAGGAAGAGGUGGAGAUGAUGGUGGAGAGUUUAUUGGAUGUGUUGUUGCAGACACUAUUGGCCAUCAUGAGUAAAUCUCAGUCUCAGGAGGCGGUAAGAGGACAGCGCUGUCCACAGUGCACAGCUGAGAUCACUGGGGAAUACGUGUCUUGUCUGUUAUCCCUUCUGAGACAAAUGUCAGACAUUCACUUUCAACACCUGCUAGACAACUUCCAGAGCAAAGAGGAGCUGAAGGAGUUUUUACUGAAGAUUUUCUGUGUGUUCAGAAACCUGAUGAAGCUCAGUAUAUUUCCCAGAGACUGGAACGUCAUGAGACUCCUGACCAGCAAUAUCAUUGUGAGCACAACACAGUAUCUGUCACCUGCUCUGCAUAAGAGCUUCACGGAUGCUGACUUUGAUUUCAAGGUUUGGAAUUCUUACUUUAGUCUGGCAGUGUUGUUUAUCAACCAGCCCAGUCUACAGCUGGAGAUGCUCACACCAGCCAAGAGGAAGAAGGUCUUUGACAAGUAUGGUGAUAUGAGAGUAAUGAUGGCUUACGAGCUAUUUAGCAUGUGGCAGAAUUUGGGUGAGAAUAAGAUCCACUUCAUACCGGGAAUGAUCGGGCCAUUCUUGGGUGUGACGCUUGUACCACAGAAUGAAGUGCGAAAUAUAAUGAUCCCCAUCUUUCACGAUAUGAUGGACUGGGAACAGCGAAAGAAUGGCAACUUCAAACAGGUGGAGGCAGAACUGAUUGACAAACUGGACAGUCUGGUGUCAGAAGGCAAAGGAGAUGAGAAUUACAGAGAACUCUUCAGUUUGCUAACUCAGCUCUUUGGGCCAUACCCCAGUCUGUUGGAGAAGAUUGAGCAGGAGACCUGGAGGGAGACGGGCAUCUCCUUCGUCACAUCUGUAACACGCCUCAUGGAACGACUGCUGGACUACAGGGACUGUAUGAAAGGUGAUGAGACAGAAAACAAGAAAAUAGGUUGUACUGUCAACCUGUUGAAUUUCUACAAAUCUGAGAUAAAUAAGGAGGAGAUGUAUAUCCGAUACAUUCACAAGCUGUGCGACAUGCACCUGCAGGCUGAAAACUACACAGAGGCGGCAUUUACUCUACUGCUGUACUGGGAGCUCUUACACUGGGAGGAAAGACCACUGCGAGAAUUCCUGCACUAUCCUGCACAAAGUGAAUGGCAUCGCAAAGAGGGUCUGUGUCGUAAGGUCAUCCACUAUUUCAACAAGGGAAAGUGUUGGGAGUAUGGCAUCCCACUGUGCCGAGAACUAGCUUUCCAGUACGAGUCGCUGUAUGAUUAUCAGAGCCUCAGCUGGAUACGGAAAAUGGAGGCAGCGUAUUAUGACAACAUCAUGGAACAGCAGCGACUAGAGCCAGAGUUUUUCAGGGUGGGGUUUUAUGGGCGAAAAUUCCCCUUCUUCCUCCGGAAUAAGGAGUUUGUUUGCCGGGGACAUGACUACGAAAGGCUUGAAGCUUUUCAGCAAAGAAUGUUGGGUGAAUUUCCACAAGCUAUUGCCAUGCAGCACCCUAAUCAACCAGAUGAGGGAAUUUUGCAGGGUGAAGCCCAGUACUUACAGAUCUAUGCAGUUACUCCAGUUUCUGAAAAUGUAGAUGUGCUGCAGAUGGAUCGUGUACCUGACCGCAUCAAAAGCUUCUACAGAGUCAAUAAUGUCAGACGAUUCCGCUACGACCGACCCUUUCACAAAGGGUCAAAAGACAGGGAGAAUGAAUUUAAGAGUCUCUGGGUUGAGCGGACCACACUAAUCCUCACCCACCCUCUGCCUGGAAUCUCCCGCUGGUUUGAAGUUGAAAAGCGAGAGCUGAUUGAAGUAAGUCCACUGGAGAAUGCCAUUUAUGUGGUGGAGAAUAAGAACCAGGAGCUUCGCACCCUGAUCAGCCAGUACCAGCACAAGCAGCUUCAUGGAAAUAUUAACUUGCUCAGUAUGUGCCUCAAUGGAGUGAUUGAUGCAGCAGUCAAUGGGGGCAUUGCCAGAUAUCAGGAAGCAUUCUUUGAUAAAGAGUAUAUUAGCAGCCACCCAGAAGAUACAGAGAAGAUCACCCAACUCAAGGACCUGAUGCAAGACCAGGUUCACAUCUUGGGCAUGGGCCUGGCUGUCCAUGAGAAACUGGUGCACCCAGAAAUGCGUCCGCUGCACAAGAAACUCAUCGAUCAGUUCCAGAUGAUGAGGAGUAGUCUAUGUCAUGGCUUACCCGGUUUAGAGAAACUGAGUCCAGCAUGCUCAGGGGCCAGUACACCACGCGGCAUCCUCGCUACUCACAAUCCCAUGAGUCCUGAGAGUAUUAAACUCAUGCACCGUCACAGUCCUCUGAAUGUGUUGGGCUCUAUCCGCCACUCCUCCUCUUCUCUCUCCUCUCACACCUCCAGUGAGACAGGGAAUCUGCUCAUCCUGACCGACAGUAUGAUGGAGCACCCGGAGGACCUCUACCGCAUGCAGCCCAGUCCAUCAUCAUCCAGUCUGAGCUCGACGCAUUCAGCUCCAUCUCAGAUAAUCAACUCAGGGCACAGCAGCAUCAGAGUUGGCUCCCCGUCAUUACCGGACAGAUAUAGACACAACCGAGAGAUGUUGAUGCUUCUCCCACCACACAGGGACCGUCCCAGCAGUGCCUUGUACCCCAACAUGACUGAGAACGGACAGCCUGCUAACCACCAGAGAGCUCUGUACCAUCAGGUCAUUGGUCCCUGCAAACCCUGUAGUGACCCCAAUCUCUCUGUGGCUGAUAAAGUGUUGACUGCUCCCAGCAGCUGGAGUUUGGACAGUGGCACCAGGGACACUCUCCCGUUCCACUCUGCUCAUGUGGGGAGUGUGAUGAUCCCAACUGUUCCUCCCCGCAGUCUUCCUCCCGGACACUUCUUGAUGCACUUUGAUGCUUUCCACCACCAGAUCAGCGAACUCCCUCCAGCUCUCCCUAUGCGCUCCUUAAGAAAGUCACCCCUGCACCCUAUACCUGCCUCGCCCACCAGUCCACAAUCGGGCCUGGAUGGUAGUAACUCCACCUUGUCCGGCAGCGCGAGCAGUGGUGUCUCCUCCUUGAGCGAGAGCAACUUCGCCCAGUCCUCCGAGCCUCCAGCUAGAGCCGACACCCUGGACUCUAUGCCGAGCAGCCAGGCCUGGACCACGGACACGGAGGAAGCCGAUAGCCCCUACCUCCCAGUUCGCUACAGUGUCUCCGAGCCUGAUGUUCUGGAACCUCUCAAGCCAGCUCCAUGCCGUAGUCAUUCAGCCCCGUUGGGUGUAACCCCAGGGAUACCCCCUGAUGGGCAUCACCAACAUCAUCUCCACCUUCACCAUCACCUCCCGCACGCAAUUCACAUCGCCCACCCCCACUAUCAUCAUCACGAGCCUGCACCUGCUCUGCCCCCCAAACCCUACCUGAGGGAGGGGUGCAUCCCUGAAGAGGACCUGAGGCCGGUUCCAAGGCCUAUGCCCCGCAAGAUCUCCCAGCCACUGCUUACUAACAAGGAGGAACAAGCCAAGGUGGCCUGGGAACAUGGCAUCAGUGAAGAAUAGAAGAAGAACAAGGUUCGGCUUGGACCAUUGGCUUUGGCGUGAUGGGUUGUCUGGUUUUAAUAAUGUUGAUACCUUAAAGCAGUGACUGGUUUAGAACUUUCUACUCUAGCUCCAGUAUGUCCAGUUUAGGUCCUUUAAACUUUUUCUGAAGUGCUUGCCAUUUUGCUGAGCUUCUACAUGCUAGAGAGAUUUUUACUUUUUGUCCUGAUUGGGUGUUGGAUAGGUUUUGCUCAGUUCAAAGUGAAACCCCUCAAAAAAUAUCUGUGUAUUGUUUGGAUGACCCAGACAUGGUAAGAAUCACAAAGUUUGUGAUUGUACGGAAAGACACCUUAAGGGAGCCCAAAAUGGUUUUCAAGGAGGCAGGUUAGAAUAAUCUGCACUUUUCAAAGUAUUUGAUCCAAGAAUUUCAUGCCCUAAGAUGUGUACACCUUCUUAAGUUCUUCAAGUUGUUAACACUCCUUAAUUAUCAUUCCAAUGGUUCUGAUUGACUUUAUUAAGUCCUGUUCCACCAUUAGGCCAAAUGGUUCUAAAAAUGGUAAUGGUUCCAGUAGCAUUUCCAUUUGAGCACGAUUCGGUACAGUACAGUACAGUACAGUGCAAUUCUAAAUUGUUCCUGGCCUAUAUUUCCCAGCAUGAUUAGCUAAGAACCAUGCUGGUGUAAUGGCUUUAGUAUGUGACAGCUCACAAUUGGUCACUUGCUCAGUCAGUCCAUUCUAAUGCUUAUUUUGCAGAACCACAGUGGAAAAAGAUAUAAUUUACAGUUCCACAAGAGAACUGCUCUGCCUAAUAGUGGAAAAGCAGCUAUUAAUCCACAAAUAAUUCAGUGUUGAUAAACCUUGGCAGGAAAUUGUUCAAUUCUGGUUGGGUUGCACUUUAGCACUUAACAUUGGAGCUCCAAAAACAAUUAAUAGUUUUGCUUCUUUUUUUUCUUUAGAACUUAUAAUGCUAGCAGGGGCCAAGAGUGUUUCAGUGGCUAAAUUUUAAAACAAGUUAACUCACAUCUCACCAACUCACUAAGGGUGGAUUUCAGAAGAUCUUUGAAGACCCACUCACCAUCUAAGCAUGCUCAUUUCCUCUGACAGGAUAUUUAAUUCUCGAUCUUAUGUGAGAGCCUCAAACGCCUUUUCAUUAACACAGUGGGAGAUAUAACAUGCUAACACUUCUUUAGAUAACUGAAAACAUUUAACAGAACAACUGCUACCUCCUGCACAGUUGCGGGAAGCUUCUCCCUGAAAAAAGCUGCUUUGAUUUGACAGUAAGAGGCUUUUACAAUCUUCGUAAAGCCUCAUUACACCCACAAUAUUGUGAGCUGCGAAAGCAAAUUAGCCACUUUGAACACUACUACCCCAUAACGCUAAUAACACAACAGUCAAAGAGCUGUUCUAUCAAAGCCAUUUCACAGAUGUGUCCUCAUGGUAAAGCGGCUUUUAGUCUCUGCAGGUUUCUUGGGGAUUUGAUUUCCGUUCCUCUGAGUUGAUAGUUUUCAAAAAGAAGUAUAUAUUUUUAGAUAGAGCUGUUAUCAAAUUCUAAGACUUUAAUAUAAUUGUACAGUAAAAGAGAGAUAGAAUAAGUAUCGCUUGGAUUAUAUCAUAAACAUUAUGACAGAUUAUAUCACACGUUGCAGGGGUGGAAAGGAGGUAAGAUUCACAAAUGUUUGUGUUUUGUUUUAUUCAAUUUUAGGGACUUCGAAUAGUCCUUCAGCUGCUGAUUGAUGCGCACUUGAUACCUUAUGUUGUUGCGUAAUAAUUUUUGAUGACUAGAAAGUGCACAUUAUUUAAAAAGCUUGUUUUUAAGUACAAUUCUGCAUGUUCUCUUCAAUGGUGGUGAUAAUAUUGUCCUACAUCACUUGAAGGGAGGGUCUGGUAAAGAUUUUACUUGUAUAUCUACACAUCCUCACAAUUAACUCAUAUUUAAAGUCACAUGAAAUUGUUAAUUAUUUCUGCUUUGGGUGACACACUUCUCAUUGAGUCUGGGAUAAAUAGAUGAAACCUAAAUCUACAGGCCAAUGGGCAUUGUCCUUAUAUCGAGACAAUGUCCUAGCGGUGUGUGACGCUAUAAAGCGACAAGUGCAAAAUCUCGUGUUGAUCUGAGUUUGUCGGUCAUAACGUUUGUGUAUUUCUGUCACAUUGUGCUAUGUAGCCCCACCCACAAUUGAUUCUUAUUGGUCCAAAAUCCCACUCCACAUAGCUGUAUUUAUAUCAAACAUCAAAUAUAUUCUGGUUGGCUGUGAUUGUGUGGCAUUGCACAGCAUUUUCGCUAACAGUAUAGCAUAUAGUUUCAUCAAAAUACUUAAUGUUUAAAAUUUGAUGAGACAUUUCUUAUCCACUGUUUUUGUUUUUUUUAUUGUGGGCAUUGUCACAUCAUUUAUUUUAUAUAUUUUUUUUAAAUCUAUACUUUAACUAUUUAAUUUGGUGCUACCUUAUUAGUCGAGAUAAACCUCCUUUUUCUGUCAGUUUUAGGUAGGUAGUUUCUGUUGCACACACAAAACUUCAUUAUCAUUAUGUUGGGGUUGGAAAACAUAGUUUAUUCAUGUAAAGGUCUGGCAUGCAAUCAUGAAAUAUACUCAAGGCAACACAUAGUAUGAAAUGUACUUCAGCCCCAUACUUGGGGUGGCUGUGGCUCAGGUGGUAGAGCAGAUCAGCUACCAAUGACAGGGUUGGUGGUUCAGUUCCUGGUCCACAUGACUCCACAUGCCAAAGUGUCCUUGGGCAAGACACUGAACCCCAAGUUGCUCCCAAUGGCAGGCUAGCACCUUGCAUGGCAGCUCUGUUGCCAUUGGUGUGUGGAUGGGUGAUUGGGACACAGUGUAAAGUGCUUUGGUAACCCCUAAGGUUAAAAAAAAGCGCUAUAUAAGUGCAGACCAUUUACUUGAGGAAUAGGGUGAAAGGCAAGUAUUUAGGUAAUCUUUGGCAAGACUUUUUUAUUUGUGCUUCUAUAAUAUGAAGACUGUACUCUUUAAUGAUGAGGUAUGUACAGAAAGAAAUGUAUGUUAACUUAAUGGCUGAUUGUUCAUUGCUAACAGCCUGUUUAUUGCUAGAUAAAGAAAAUACAAGCAAAUGUAUUCAUAGAGGGCCUACCGUUAAUGUGAAAGUUCAUUCAUUCAUUCAUUUAAGAAUAUUCAAAUCUGUUUCCCAGAAUAGACAUAAACCACCAUCAUAUCUCCAUUCUGUCUAUUUGUUUUUACAACACUUCCUCCUUAAGUAAGGCUUAGCUGGUGAUGGUAUAUAUUUGUAGAUUAUUAUUAUUAUUUUUGUAUUAUUUACUCAAUGAUAUAGACAUAUAAUGACAAAAUAUAUAUCGAUGUGCAUUUUGUCUCCAAAGACUGAUGAGUUUUUCAAAGUUAUUGUAGUUAACCUUAAGGUUAAUUCAGAUAAUAGAAAUAUUUUCUAUAUACAUUAAAUAUGGAGUGAUCAGGGAAGGAAUCUAUGCAAAGAUCGAGUGAUAAAAGAGUGUAUGAACCGCUCGAGUAUAUCCGGAAUGGCCCAUUCUGUGAAUAUUAGCACUGAUAUAUUAUAAAGCAUUCAUAUUUCUUUUUAUGACUUUGUUGACAUUUUGCAUGCUAAUAUUGACUGAUGGAUACUGUGUGUCUUGUAUUCAUUCACAUUCAUAAUUUUGCUUUCGUAUCCAAGCAACAAUAAAAUAUGGAAGAAAAAAAGUAGGCUAUAUAAUCACAAUUAAGGUACUCAUUUGGCACAAACGACCAUGUAAAAACAAGUGUACAUAUUUUACACGUUUGAUAUCUCAAUGGAGGCACGCUGAAAGUUUUGGAUUCAACGUUUCGGAUUGAGGGUGACAUUUAAUUUUUUACAUGAUGAAGUUGCCCUGAUAAACAUCUGUAAUUCAAACUAGCUCAAUACUUUGUUCAUAGAUACAGCAUUAUGUGUGCAUUGCUAAUCAAAUAUUGUGCUUCUUUUCCUGUAUUUUGCUAAAAGAAUUGGUGACUUGAAUGAGGUAGAUAUUGUCAGUUUCUGGAAGGUGAAAUUGGAAAGCAAAGGGAAUACAGGAGAAAAUAAAUGGCUGAAAUGAAUUCUUUGCUAGUUGUACAUAUACUGAGGAGAGUUGGUACUAAACACUCUGGCCUGCAUUACAGUUUGUACCACAAAAUGUCUGGCUUUAUUUUGUGUAUAUAAUCCUUCGAAAGCUUUGUAUUUAUAUGGUCAGGAGGGACAAAUCAUGUAUAGACCAAGAUUAAUUGUCGGCCUUGUACUUUCUGAUGUAAAUGUGUUUUUGAAACUAAAAUGCAAACAGGUAAAACAAAAAAAAAAUCUUUAAUGGCCUAACCACUACAGUUAUUUUGUGUAUUUUGCAUUGAAACUGAAAGAACGUUAUGUUUUACCAUGCAGAUAUACGAAAACCUUUGUACAAGUAUUCUCAAAGUAUUUUUUCUGUAUAUAUUGUGCUAGCAUGAAUAAAUGUGGUGUGGAUUUUAGAUGUAAAUACACAAUUGUUUUUCCUACUCACUUAACCGCUGUGAUGUGUAAUUCAUUCAUAAUGCCUAAUAUUAAAGAUAAUGUUUU